AUGUUCUACCCCAAUAGAUCAACAGAGCCUUCAUUUUUUCUGCUUAUUAGAUAUUUAUUUACAUUUUUCUUUUGUGGUUUACUUUUUAGUUACGUAUUUUAUUCUUGGAAUGAAUUUAUUCUUAAUAACAAUAAGCCAACCGUAUUCAUCAGCGAAAACCUAGAAAAUAUUACAUUUCCAGAGUUUUCUAUAUGUUAUGCUGUUACAAAUCCUAAUAAUCCUUACUCUAACGCUCAGUACGAUGUGAUCAACAAUGUUUCUUGUGCUAAACAAUUUAAUAACCAAAUUUAUUCAUCAUGUGAUAAUUAUUUAAAGUUAUCUGAUGGAUGUUGGACAUUUACUCCAUAUCUAAAUACUAACAUUAAAGAUUUUAGUAAUCCUUGUGGCGAAGGCCUUAAAUAUUGUCAGGAUAUGACAAGUUUUUUUAAUAAUUCUACUUAUUUCACAUAUAAAGAAAAUUAUCAUGACUUAUUAAUCCUAAAUAUCUCAUUGUUUGGUCCACCACAAUUAAAUACUACAAGUUCAGGUUACCUUAAAAUUAUUUUCAAUCAAGUCUUUACUACCUCUGAAGGUCAAUUUAAUGUUGGCAAUAUUAGCAAUAUUUAUUCAAUUUCUCUUGGUCAAUUGUCGAUUGUUGAAUUUUCACAAAAAGUACGCCAAAGAUAUUCUACAAAAUUUAAUGCUGAACUCGGAUUUUUAGUUAUGUCUACUCAAAAAGAAGCUGUUUUAGAUAUUGAUUUGAAGGUACUUCCAUUAGGUUCGAAUAGCUCUUAUACUAUAUUGGCAAUUAGCCCAAAAAAUCAUUUGAUUCGCUAUGAAAAUGAGAAGUAUAGUGGUUUUGGUAACGUAUUUUCUAAAAUUGGAGGAUUUUACACUGCAAUUAGUUCAAUUUUUAUUUUAUUUUUUGGAUAUCCAAGACUUUCUCCAUGGGGUUUGUGCCAGACUUGUCUAUGUUGGCGGCCAUUCAGAAAAAGUUUUAAAGACAAUCUCGCAAAAAGAUAUAUCUCACGAGCUGGAAUUCCAUUAGUUGAUGAUCCACGUAAAUUGCCUACUGGUGCGACUUCGGAUGAUAGAAUUGCUAUACUAGAAACUUUAUUAAAAGAAUAUUACCUUGAUACAACCUAUCUUGAUAUUUUAAAAGAAACACGUGAUAGAUAUAUAGAGCUUAAUAACAUUUACCACACAUUGGAAUCUAGUGACAAUAAAUACUUAGAUAUUUGA